CAGUCAUGAACAUAGUCUGCUCAGAGAGUCCACAAAAAGCUGCUUUGGGGUUAUUAUAACUGGCUGGGGUGACGCCGUACCUAAACCUGGACCAUGGUGAGACUUUGGGAUUUAGUGGUGCUACUGGGUACUGUCUGGCUUCCAUCCUCUUUGUGUCAGACUGUCUCCCCUCAAGCUGGCAAGCUAAAGUUUCGUCUGGCCGGUUACCCACGCAAACACAACGAGGGCCGGGUGGAGAUCUUUUAUAACGGAGAUUGGGGCACAAUCUGUGAUGACGACUUCACUCUGACGAAUGCCCAUGUGCUCUGUCGCCACCUAGGAUUUGUGGAGGCUCUAAGCUGGUCACAUAGUGCCAAGUAUGGAGCAGGCACAGGUAAAAUCUGGCUGGAUAACGUGAUAUGCAGAGGUUCAGAAAACAGCAUUGAGAAGUGUGUAUCUCGAGGAUGGGGGAACAGUGAUUGCACUCACGAUGAGGAUGCAGGGAUUGUCUGUAAAGAUGAGAGGCUGCCUGGGUUUUUGGAUGUCAACAUCAUUGAAAUGCAGGUGGAUACGAACAGGAUGCAGGAGAUUCGUUUCCGCUCCAGUAAUGCUCGACUGCCUGUUACUGAAGGUGUGGUGGAGGUGAAAUUUAAGGAAGGAUGGGCUCAUAUCUGCAACAUUAACUGGACCAGCAAAAACUCUCGAGUGGUCUGUGGCAUGAUGGGAUUCCCCUCAGAGAGGACAAUCGAGAGAAAGACACACAGUCACAACAGUGUGUAUAGAAUCCAGUCUGUCACCUGCAGUGGGAAUGAAGUUCAUCUCUCAGCCUGUUCUGUGGAGUUCAGUCAGAACACUAGCGCCCCCUGUCCUGGUGGAGGUCCUGUUGCAGUGAGCUGUGUACCAGGACCUCAGUUCACUAGAGAUCACAAGCACAGGGGCAAGCAGCACAGAAGCAAGCUCAAGCUUAAAUCUACAGUGCGUCUGAAGGGUGGUGCAAAGGUGGGUGAAGGCCGGGUGGAGGUACUGAAGGGGACUGAGUGGGGAACUGUGUGUGAUGAUCGCUGGAACCUGAAUUCAGCAAGUGUGGUGUGCAGACAGUUGGGCUUUGGUACUGCUAAAGAGGCUCUGACUGGAGCACACAUAGGGCAAGGCAUGGGUCCCAUCUACAUGAAUGAGGUACAGUGUCGUGGGGAUGAGAAGAGCUUGUGGGACUGUCCUCAUAACAACAUAACCAAGAAGUGCAAACACAUGGAAGACGCUGCUGUCAAGUGCAACAUCCCUUACAUGGGUCAUGAAAAAAUGAUCCGUCUCACUGGUGGACGUACAAAUCUAGAGGGAAGGGUAGAAAUUCAGGCUACGAAUGGCAGUGCUUUAAAGGAGUGGGGCCUGAUCUGCGGGGAUGACUGGACUUCUCGAGAGGCCAUGGUGGUAUGCAGACAGCUGGGAUUGGGAUAUGCCAGCAGUGGCCUGAGAGAAACGUGGUACUGGGACAGCAGUAAUGUGACUGAGAUGAUAAUGAGUGGAGUGAAGUGUCGUGGAGAUGAAAUGACUCUAAAUGACUGCCAGCACCAUCAGGUUGUCAGCUGCAGGAGGGCAGGAGCUGAGUUUGCUGCUGGAGUCAUCUGCUCAGACAUGGUAUCAGACCUGGUGCUAAAUGCUCCUCUGGUGGAGUACAGUGUUUACAUCGAGGACCGACCACUGCAUUUGCUGUACUGUGCAGCGGAGGAGAACUGCCUCUCCAAAUCUGCAGCCAGAGCCAAUUGGCCUUACGGGCAACGACGCCUGCUCCGCUUCUCAUCAGAGAUCCACAAUGUAGGCCGGGCCGACUUCCGUCCCCGCUUGAGUCGUCACUCCUGGGUGUGGCAUGAAUGCCACAGGCACUAUCACAGCAUGGAUAUUUUUACCCACUAUGACCUGCUGGAUCUCAAUGGCACAAAAGUGGCAGAUGGUCACAAAGCCAGCUUCUGCCUGGAGGAUACAGACUGCCAUGAAGGUGUUUCAAAACAAUAUGAGUGUGCCAACUUCGGUGAGCAGGGCAUCACGAUCGGCUGCUGGGACACGUACAGGCAUGAUAUUGACUGCCAGUGGAUUGACAUUACAGACGUUCAACCGGGAAACUACAUUCUGCAGGUUGUUAUAAAUCCUAACUUUGAGGUUGCUGAAAGUGACUUUACCAAUAACGCCAUGCGCUGCAACUGUAAAUAUGAAGGCAAUCGAAUCUGGUUGCAUAACUGCCAUUUAGGUGAUUCCUACAGUGCAGAAGCAGAGAAGCUAUUUGAAGUUUAUCCUGGUCAGCUCAAUAAUCAGAUCUCAUAACAGCAGCUACCAAUUCAUGCAACCGAUUUUAGACACCUCAUUUAUGAGCCAGUAAAGAUUUAUAGUGUGUUAUUGUUUUUGAGUUUUAUUAUCCUCAAAAUUUUUAUCAGGGACAUCUCCAUAGCUUUUCAUUUAUUGUAUUGUAUUAUUGUAUUGCCACUUGGAGCUGGUAAAGAACUAUAAAAGGGUUUAUAUUAGUCCUUUGCCAAUUUAAAAGAAAACAAGAAAUAGCUAAAGGUAGCAUACAAGUUAACGCAUCCUCAUCCCCAUCAUGAGCCAUACCAAAUGAAUUUUUUACUGGGGGAAUAUUAAUGACCCCUUUCUACCUAAAUCAAGUUAAGAAAGUAUAUUGAGCAGUUAUAAUGAAUGUCUAAUAAAGUUUUAGUGUUUUCAACAA